GGGGAAAAAGAGGCGUUCAGCGGUAGAAGAGAGAGGAGGGGAACCGGAGGGAAAGACUCCUCUGCUUCAAUGGAAUAAAAACUGCGCAGUUUCUUUUAAGGAGUCCUCAUCCACAGUUCAGUUCGUGCGUAGUGGACACCUCUGGAGGAUGAUUCAGGGAUGGUGGCUCUUGCCUUUUCCUGGCUCUAGCCUUCCAUUUAUUUAUUUAUUUAUUUCAGUGCCAGCUCAAAGGAAGAAGAGGAGCUGUGCAAUCAUUCAGAAAAGGCGAUGCGACUAUGCAGAGGUGCAACAUGCAGACACGGUGGGUUUUCUUUCUGUUCCCCUCGCUGCACCUAAACGGGUUUUUUUUUUGCUGGAUGGAGCUCUAUACGUGGUUUGGAAAUGACAGAGGAGAAGACGGUUCUUUUAAGGGGGCUGCGUCAUCCCCGGAUGGGCAUGGAGGUGGACUGCUGUGCAGAUCUUUCUGGAUUUCGCUGCUGAUUCUGGGACUAACAUCUAAAAAGAAGCGGAGUGAGGAUGGGAAGGCGUCUCAGUGCUGUGUUUGAAGAACCGCCAGCGCCGGACUGAAGCCGUGAGAAAUCACUGCAGGCUGCUGGAGGAAGAUGGAUGAGAUUCACCUCGACACCUGCAGCUGGAAAAAUCCUCCAUGUAAUGAACAGGAGCUCUGACCUGCAUCCGUCUGCACGCGAACAGAGCGUACCUGCUCAGGUUGGCCCACCCGCUUCCAACCCACUCUCACUCAGUGUGUGUACGGCCAUGGCAGGAGGUUGGAGGGUGCCAUGGUGGCCCAAAGGUCCUGAGAGUAGAAAAGCAAGGACUUAACCUACAGUCACUCGGUCUGAAGAGAUGAUUGGCAGCUGAAGAGGAGAUUUGACAGAACUGUGAAUCAAUAACUCGGUGCUAACUCUGAAAGCCAGUUGGCAUUCGAGGCUCCUGGUGCUGAAGACAGGGGAGUCAGACGUUGCAGAUUUUCUCAGUGUUGGAGUGAGGCCCUCUCUGUGCUGCAGUGGAGGGCUUCACAGAUACAGCUAGUCUGGCUGGAUGCAUCACACAGUGGAGCAGUUAAGCGGGCGAGGCACACGGGACUCCUUCCCUCUGGACGGACUCAACCGGGGGCCAUGGCAUCCCGUGAGCGGCCGCGCCUGGCAACCAACUGCCAGGUGUUCGCCUGCAAUGAACCAACCGCAGCUACUUCACCAUCUACCUCCUGCAGCGCUAGGUGGAUUAAACCAUCACAGUAAAUACUUAAGUAAUGGGCCGAUGCGGGGAGAAGAAAAGCUUGAUCUCCCACCAGCAAUGUUCCCAGGAAUGCAUCGGGAGCAGCAGAGGGCUCCCCCUCAACAUCUUCAUCCUCCCCCUCCUCCUCACAGAGUAUGGGAACAGCAGUACGACUCCCACCAUCCCCCUCAUCCCCAUCCGGUUCUGUCCCUGCCCAACGACCACGCUAUGCGUCUCUUUAAUGGUUACCCCGGUAGCGGCGCACAUCUGCUCAACCCACAUCUUCCUCCUAACCGACCAAACCCACUGCUGAAGGAUCCCCAGGGUCCACCACUGCUGGGAGAAGAGAUGCGGGCUCAGGUGCACCAGCAGAGAGGCUACCCGGGGAAGAUGCUGGGGGGUCAGCUGAAGAGACCAGGUCCUCCUCUGGGGGAGCAUUCGGUCAUCCAACACACUCCUCCAGUGUCCCAUCACAUACCUCCUCAUCCAGUAGUCGAGGACACCCCCAGUCCCAGCAAGAGGAGAAAGAGUUUGGAUCAGGUGUCCCACGCAGGGUUGCAGCAUUUUUCUGGCCAGUCUCCAUCAUCGUCUCAACAGCAAACUCCAACUCACCACCAUGCCCUAAAACCUGCUUUCUGGAACCCCAUCCAUAAGGACAAUGGCGUCCCCUGGAAGCCCCACACAUCUGACAGAAAACAUCCACAAGAGUAUCAGGACAGUAAUAAACAAGGGAUGUGCAGCUACACCUCAAAGACCUCUCCCAACUCCUCCAGUCCUACUAACCUCUCACCCCAUCCUCCGAACUCAUCUUCGGGAGGCUACCACCAGGGAUGUGCUCCCCACCUGCAGAAAGAUAUGCUACAACCUCAGGCUGUGAAUCAUCACUCCCCUCAUUCCUCCUACCCAAAUCCAAGCUCCAAACUGGAUCUGGGCUCCUCCUGCCAGGCUGUGGAGCCCCGUGGUCUAAACAAACAGAGAAGCCAGCUCGGUGGGGGCCACACACCGCCUACUCCAACCAGGGGAGACAAAGAUCAUCGGGUAAGAGCUCAGUCGUCACCAGCAAACGCUUCUGCAACCAGCAACAAAAACAACAGCAGCAGCAGCAGCAGUGUGCCUUACUGCCACUACCAGCCUCACCCGGGGCUACGACACCCUGGUGCUCUUCCACCCCCUUCUCCUGCCAGCAGCACCUCAGUACCUCAGCAGCAGCAAAGUGGUCCCAGUGAGGCUUGGAGAUACCAGAGCAGACCCAGCAGUCAUUCCCUGGAGUCGAGGGUCUACACGCCUCCAGGUCUGCUACCUCAACCACAGCAGAGCCACAAUCAGGUUGUAGACAGUCGACUUUCAGGUUCCCAUCAGCAUCAGCGCCACAUCAGUCCCUCUGUGCCCCCAACCAACUCCACCCGAACGCCUGUCAUCACAUCCAACCCCCCCAUGUCGCUGUCCUCCUGCACUAACAGCCGCUACACCAGCAGCUCAGACAGAGUUACAGUGGCUAAUGUCUCUUCGAGGCCUAUGUCACCCCCUGGUGGUUGCUCUGUGAACAACCGCACAAGUCAAAACAGUUGGAGAGGAAUGACGGAUCCAAAGACCCAGAACUCCACCAGCCCCAAAUCUCAGAUGGAUGCUCUGCUGCAGCCAGGUUGUCAGAGAAGCCGGGCUCAACAACAAGACCAGCCCAAACCUCAACACCAGGAAUCUACAAGAUCCCUGCCUACCAAUGGGAAGAUGUCAUACUAUGCUCAGGCUAACCCCCAACAACCUCCUCGUCAAUUUUCCUCAUCAUCUUUGUUCUCCUUGGGGAACCAAAGAGUGGAGGACAGUGUAAUCACAAGAAGAGAUUCAAAUCCUCUUCCCAGUUCCCCAUCUACAUACUGCCCAGUUUCUCUUCCUUCUGUCAACACUUUGUCUCAAGGAUCCAGACCGAAUCAUCAGCCGCACUCCACAUCGACACAGAUGUUCUCCACUCCACAAGCUUCAACUUCUGUCCCUCAGUCGAUGGGAGAUGUCUUAGAUAAGCUUGAUGCCGAGCUGGAGGGGCAUAUGCAAGCCGAGGAGCGGCGGAGGAGAGACCGAGAAGAGCAAGAGAGGAAAAAGGAAGAGGAGAAACAAAAGAGAGAGUUGGAAAUGAGACGAAAGCUGGAGGAGGAAAGACAGAAGAAACAGCAGCAGGAGGAGGAAAGGAAAAGAAGAGAAAUGGAAAAAAUUCUUAUGGAGAGAAAAAGAAGGGAAUUGGCAAAACAGGAGGAAGAGAGGAAAAAGCUGGAGUGGGAAAAGAGAGAGCAGGAAAGGAAGAGGAAAGAGUGGGAGAGACAAGAGGAGGAGCGAAAGAGGAGGGAUGCUGAGAGGCUGGAAAGAAAGAAGAGAGAAAUUGAAAGGGCUAAGGAGGAGAAGAGAAAACUUGAGGAGGAAAAAAGGAUGGAGCAGAAGAAGGAGGAAAGCCUCUGCAGUGCUAAAGGAAAAGAGCAGACUGCCAUUGAAAACCUGGAAAGACUUCUCUCUGGAAACACCCCCACAGUGCCCCCACCUCCUCCGCUCUCCGUUCCUACGCCUCCCUCAGCUGCACCACCCUCCAUUUCCCAGGCGUCACCUCCAUACCCCUGGCUCAGUCGUGGCGGUGUACCUCCUGCUCCGACUGCCCAGACCCCCAGCUACCCCACAGAGAGGCUACGGCCUCCUCCCCUCACACCUCAGACUGAGUACGCCAGAGAGAAGCAGCGGCUCAGGGAGAUGGGGAGUAACUGCGGUGGUGGCACAACAUUUAAUCCCUCAACACUCAAUACCUCAGGGAUGAACCAGCCCGUACACCCCAGCAAACCCCCAGCAAUGCAAGCAGCACCCAACCAAUCCAAAGACUCCGGCAGGGAGAGAAACCUCCCUGCCUUGGCAAUUAGAGAGCCCCCCAAACUUUAUCAGGCAUUUUCUAGAGACAACCUCCCCUUGCCGCCUCUGUCAUCAAGCUCAGCCGUCACCAGGGGAAUCAACAAGAAGUUGACUGAAAGCAGUUGGGAAAACAAUGGUACCGAAUCGGACAGUGCUCAGUUUGAGGAGGAGCCCUCUGAAAUGUCCACAAUGCUCCCUGAUGGUCUGGCUAACAUUAUGGCAAUGCUGGAUGAAUCGAUCAAAAAAGAGGAGGAACUUUACAGCAGUGAGAAGAACGGGUGUGCAGCUCUUAUACACAAUUUUAUCCCAGGUGCUGAUCCCAUGAAGAGCUACCUGUGUGCCCCAGACCUGAUCCCAGCCACAAAGCAUCAGCCUAAUCAGGAAGAUUUGGGAUCAAAUCCAAGCCCACCUGUGCUCAGCCGGCAAGGCUCUCUGGCAUCGCCUUGUAGCCGAACCUCAUCCCUUGAAGAAGAGGAGGACUACCAUAAGGCAGCCCCAAGCGUUCCUCUGAGCACCAAGCCAACUGUGGACAUGGAAAUUGGAGUAGGGAAUACAAACUACCGCCACAGUGACCUGGCUAAGCUCUAUGGCCUCCCAGAGCAGAUCAGAAGCGAAGCUGAUGAAGAAUCUGAGGAGGACUCUGAGGCCCCAUCUUGUUCUCCGCCUCCUCAAAGACCCCACCUCCAUCAGACGGGGGUAAAUAGUACGUUUAAGUCUUUGGCGACACUGUUGGAAAGCCAGAAGUAUGCUUAUCGAGGAGGGCCUUUUGGGAGACCACCUCCAUCCGCUCUGGUUGGUGUCAAAUAUUCCUCCUCGCUGUCGCUUGGCCCUGAUAUCUGCCGCCAGCAGCAAGGCAGUUCUCCCACGAGUGAUUCAACAAGCCCACCAUUCAGUCCUGCUGUCCCAUCUCAGAAAUCCUUUCCUCAUUCACUACUGGAGGAUAAGAAGAUAAAAACAGAGGACAGUGACGUGUGGACAGAUGAGGGAGAGAUGGAGGAAAGGGUGAAUUCCAUGGAAGAGAGGAAAACCAUAAAGCCCAUUAAGGUCAUCAAGACCGAAAAAGAGCUGACCACCAUCUCAGAGUCUUCUCUGAAGGAGCUGGGAAAGAGCUGUGAAGUCAUGCUGUGUCGACAUUCACUUGAUAGAUCCGACCGUCAAGUGAAGUCUGAGGACAGAGACAAACCUGAGAAAGUGAAGGAGCACAAAGACAAGAAAAGAAAACAUGGUCACAGCCACAGCAGCAGGAAACACGAAGACAAGAAGGAAAGGAAGAAGCACAGAGAGAAGAGAGACGAUGCUUCUUCUUCGUCGUCAUCCUCCAGCUCCAGCCACAAACGCCACAGAGAUGGCAAGAGCCACAAAGAUAAAAAACACCGUAGAGUUCUGGGUGAUCUCAAUCUCCACAGGCGAGAAUCUGAGAAGGAUCGAGUUCAUUGUGAAUCGGAUAAAAAGAAACGGAAAGAUGGCGCUGGCUCCUCUAGCGAGCGUGCAGCAUGGACCUCGAGUCCAGGGGAAGUGUCUUCUGAACACAAAAAUGGCACAGACGCCGGCUCGUUAUUAGGUUCCAAAGACUUGCUGAAAUUAAAGGCGCUUACGGACGGUCCGCCCAAGGAGCUGAAGAUUCGGCUCAUCAAAGUGGAAAGUGGGGACAGGGAGACAUUCAUCGCCUCAGAGGUGGAGGAGAAGAGGAUUCCUCUCGCAGAAAUCAGCAUCAAGAACACUGCAAGUGAGAUUAUCCGCUCCUGCAAGUCGGCUCGUAUCAAAGGGAAAUUCAAAGAGUCGUAUCUGCUUCAAGCCUUCUCUGUUAAACCCAUCAUAAGCACAGAUGAACCCAUUCCUAGGGAGAAACUCAACCCCCCUACACCCAGCAUCUAUUUGGAGAGCAAGAGGGAUGCCUUCUCUCCGGUCCUGCUGCAGUUCUGCACAGACCCAAAGAAUCCUGUCACGGUCAUUAGGGGACUAGCUGGAUCUCUUCGACUCAACUUGGGACUCUUUUCCACAAAGUCUCUGGUGGAAGCAAGCGCAGACCAAGCGGUUGAGGUGAGGACUCAGGUGCAGCAGCCUGCAGACGAGAACUGGAACGCCAGCGGCACGGGUCAGACGUGGCCAUGCGAAAGCAGCCGCUCCUACACCACCAUCGCCAAGUAUGCCCAGUACCAGGCCUCCAGCUUCCAAGAGAGCCUCCAGGAAGAGAAAGGCAGCGACGAGGAGGAUGAAGAUGACGAGAAGAAGCCACUCGUUGGUGCUGAUGCUAACAAAGAUGGCUCCAAAGAGAGCAACAAUGGAGAGCAGAAACCUGUUGGAAAGAUCAUCAAAUUCGGCACAAAUAUCGACCUGUCUGAUCCCAAAAGGUGGAAGGCCCAGCUUCAGGAGCUGCAGAAGCUUCCUGCAUUUAUGCGCGUCGCCUCCAGUGGGAACAUGUUGAGCCACGUUGGACACACCAUCCUCGGCAUGAACACCGUCCAGCUCUACAUGAAGGUUCCUGGCAGCCGGACGCCUGGUCACCAGGAAAAUAAUAACUUCUGCUCAGUGAACAUCAACAUCGGCCCUGGGGACUGCGAGUGGUUCUCUGUGCAUGAAGACUACUGGGAGGCCAUCAAUGACUUCUGUGAAAAGCAUGGAGUGGACUACUUAACAGGGUCCUGGUGGCCAGUGUUGGAGGACCUCUACAGCGCCAACAUCCCAGUUUAUCGCUUCAUCCAGCGGCCUGGAGACUUGGUGUGGAUCAAUGCCGGUACUGUUCACUGGGUGCAGGCCGUGGGUUGGUGCAACAACAUUGCUUGGAACGUCGGACCUCUCAACGGCUACCAGUACCAACUGGCCUUGGAGAGGUUUGAGUGGAACGAAGUGAAGAAAGUCAAAUCCAUCGUUCCUAUGAUUCAUGUUUCCUGGAAUGUGGCCCGCACUGUCAAGAUCACCGAUCCAGACACCUACAAAAUGAUCAAACACUGCCUGCUGCAGUCCAUGAAACACAUCCAGAUCCUACGGGACCAACUGGUAACUGAGGGAAAGAAGAUUUCCUAUCAGAGUCGGGUCAAAGAUGAGCCUGCCUACUACUGCAACGAGUGUGAUGUGGAGGUUUUCAACUUGCUGUUUGUGACGUGUGAGAACAGCAGCAGGAAGACGUAUGUGGUUCACUGUGAGGACUGCACCCGACAGCGCAGCCCCAACCUGAACAACGUGGUGGUGCUGGAGCAGUACCGCAUAGAGGAGCUCAUGAACGCAUACGAUUCCUUCGUCUUGGCGUCCUCCUCUCGGUGACAGAGCUCCCCCUCUAGGUCUCCUCAGCCAUAACCAAAACUCCUGCAGCGACAGGACAAGAA